AUGCUGCGACUGAAGUCAACAGCUGCCGAAGAUAUCAAAGGUGUAUUAUUUGAGGAUCAUCUUUGCUGCUUCACAACUGCUGACGAAAUUGUUGGUUCAUAUGAGUGUAUAGCUGAAAGGGACACUCAUGGUCCUGAAGAACAUCAGGGGCUUAUUAGAAUUACUGCAUCAACGAAAGGAAAACUUGACAGCACGCAGUUCGUUACAACCCUGGAUGCAUUGAUUGAUUUUAACCUUAAAACGAUAUCCCAGAUUCAUGUAGAAAAGCUGACGUCCGCAGAUAAUGUGUCUACCAGAACUGUUUCUAUAAAUCGCACGAUAGACGGAUACGAGGCUGGCAGGGAAGUGAUUGAAAACAACAAGAAAACCUUUGAAAAAUUUUACUAUACCGAAAAAUGCUUGGACGGUUUCUUGUCCGAGGGGGCGACUCUGCUUCUUCAGAGGUUAAUGGUGAAGAGAGGACUGAAAAUUUAUUUUGAAUGUGUCGGUUUGGAUUCCGAAUGUCAUCCUUGUAUGAUUUCCUACACCUGCCUUAAUGACCGCACUCUACCGAUUGGUAAACAGGAAGUUCGGGUGAAAGGCUUUGAGCGAACCGUACAUUCUGCCGUUGGGUUACCUUCGUCUUGGCAAACUUACUUCAUGGCAGACGGACACCUAAUUCUGAGGCUGCAAGUUGGGUCUCCGAUCGUUAUCAAGGUGCAAGAAGUACCAGAGCGAUUCGUGCAAGACCAAUUUCUGAAACAGCCGGAGAUUUCUCGACCGGAAUUCAACUGGAGGGAUGAUAUGGAAUUAUACUCUCGUUUUCUCAGUCAAAAGGAUGCUAUCAAAGCGGACUAUCUUCUCUAUUUGAGAAAACAUCCAGUCGUCAAAGAAAUAUUGGCUGACUUCCUUCAAGCAUUACUUAUGCACAAACCUGACGAUACCAUCGAAUUCGCCGUGGAAUUUUUCAAAAGUUUCUCAUCCUACGGCCUGCCAACAAAGUUACACUUGAGCACGCACAACUGACUACUUCGUUCAGGGCGCGCGCUUACUCUCCCACCUAAUAUUUGAUUGUCCCGACUGGCAUCUCAGU